AUGCUCUGUGUUUGGUGGGCUCAAAAGGGUGUGAUCUAUUAUGAGCUGUUAAAACCUGGCGAAACCGUUAAUACCGAGCGCUACCGACAACAAAUGAUCGAUUUGAAUGAAGCUUUGCGUGAAAAACGACCAGAAUAUCAAAAAAGGCAACACAAAAUUUUAAAUAUGGAUACUGGAUCAAAGAAGGAGAUUAAUGAAAUGAUUACCAAAUCAGUCCCUGGCCCUUCAACUACAAAGAGGCCGAAAGUUUUGAAGGAAAAAGGUUGUCGCCGUAAAGAGACUAUCCCAGAAAAUGAUAUUAUCAAUACUGAUAAUACAGUAACAGAUUCAGCAGUACAUGAUAAAACAGAAAAUAAAGAUGUAAAAACUGGGGAUGUGCUGGAAACAACAAUUGACCGAACAAAAAGAAAGGCUGCAAUAAAAGCUGCAAUUAAUAUUAAAAAGCAGCAGUCAACGUCACUUGUUACAAAAUUACGAAGGCUAUCUCUUGAUGAUGACAGUAAUGUAAAUGUUUGUGUCAUAUUAAGGAAACGUGGAGGCCGACCUGAAAAAAAGGAAAGUGCUAAAAGUAGUUCAGAUGAAAAAAACACAAAAGGUCCUACAAAACAUAGUAAAACAAAAAAGAAUGUUUUAAGCGAAACAAUUUCAAAAGAAGAUGCAAUACAACCAGAAAGGAUUGAACCAUUAAAGUCUUCAAUGACAACAAGAUAUAGUAAUAUAAAGAGAACUUUUUCACGGAGUGAAAACACGAAGGGUAAAUAUUCUAAUAUUAUUGAUGUUACAGUAAUUCCAUCAGCAAGAAAUGAUAUUGAAGAUCCUUCAAUGUGCGAGGAUGCACUUGAGAAAUUUACUCCUCUUAUGAAUUCCACGAUGGACAUCAAUUCUACUUAUACGCAGAAGAUGAUGGACGCUACCGCAAUUGUAGAACCUUUAUCACCAAUAAAAUCAAACGAAACGGUAGUAAUUAAUAAAAACUUGGCUAGUAGUAUAGGAAAAAAUAAUGAACCUAAAUUUACAUCACGGUCGCCAAUAACUCUGCAGGAGGAGGUUCAGCAGCUGAAUCAAGCGAUUGGACUCACCGAGUUCGAAGAAUUAUUCGCAGAAGAUGAGCCAUCCCGUGAAAGGGAAAUGUCUAAUAGAAACAUGACGAAACAGGACAUUCAAAAUGAAAUGAAGAAAAAUGUGCCCGUAAGAAGGAGAAUCGAGGCCUUUGAAAAAGAAAAAAUUUCAGAAAAAGCCAUUGUUCAAAAACUGGCACGAAGAUCUGUCGAAAAAGCAAAAAAAAUCUUAUUAGCGAAACAAAAGAAGGAGACUCAGAUGAUGACAUCGCAGGUAACAUUACAAACAGUAUCAAAGUAUUCUUCUGUUAUAAAAACACAAGCUAUUAUUCAUUCGAUAUUUUAUCCAAAAUAUAGCUCCAAACAGCAAGGUCCACUUCUGUUUUGCACAGUAAACCUGACGACGACACAUCGGACGAUGAAGCCAGACCAAGGCGUACAAUUCCACAUUAGGCGCAAUGUAAGUGUUGUUUUACUUAAUGAGUUAAUAAACAUUAUAAUGCAUGGAGUACUCGAAUUUUUAUCAAUUUUCGCGUACAUACGCGAAAAUGAACUUGCAAUGCAACGAUAA